GUCCUCAUCAAGCAAUGGUUAUUACGCGCCACUCAAACAUACCACUGGUACCAAGGAGAUGGCAAGCCAUGCAGUAUGCAUUCAACGCGUGGCACCACCGUGUCUCGGAGCCUCGCAAGUGAAUAAGAGCAAAACAGUUAGUCCCUUUUCCGUGAGUAUUAUUACUAGAAGGAAGAGAAGAAGCGGUGGCGUGAGGUGCAGCCUCGUUGACUUCAUCGGAGGAGACCUGGUGAAGCCAGACAUCGGUCGUUGGCUUGAGGACGUGGAAAAGCACAAGUCAAUAGCCAUCUACACUCCUCACGAGGGUGGCUACGAAGGUCGGUAUCUUAACCGUCUCAAAGAACAGGGCUACUACUUUCUUGACAUCUCAGCUCGAGGACUUGGUGAUCCUGAGACCACACUCCUUAACCCCUACCCUGUUUGCCCUGCUCACCUUGGGAAACAACCAAUAGCAAGGUGGUACUAUCCACCAGAAGUUGACUACAGACUCUCAGCUCUUCCACCUAAUGCCAAGGGACUUGUCGUCUGGGUCAUUGAAGCAAAGGUCCUCUCAAAGUCUGAACUCCAGUUUCUCGCUUUGCUUCCUUCUCUCCGUCCUAAUGUCAGGGUUGUUGCUGAAUGUGGCAACUGGAGAAAGUUCAUGUGGAAGCCCCUUGCAGAAAUUGCAGAACUAGCCGCACAAGAGUAACUUAAUGAACUAUCAGACGCCAAUGGAGAUCUUACCAUGUAUAGUUCUCAGGUUUUCAUGAAAAUGAUCUCCUUCAAGUGUAGUAAUAUCAAUCACAUUGUAAAAUUUGAAAUUUGUGCGUGUCACAUGAUAGUCUUAAAAGUAUAAUCUCCA